ACACAACAUGGUUGUCGCUGGUCUCCUAUAAGAAAUACACGGCCGUCCAAGAUCGGCGGCAUCCUCAAUGUGGUUAUCACAAGUUGCUGGCAUACCCUGUGAUAUUGUUAUGAUAUUGACUAUGAGACAGUGUACACACAAUACAUUUCGUUUUGAAUAUUUAACGGACAACGGUUUUGUAGCUUCUCUGUUUUCGUUCUCAUUUUUUCUGUCGGUCGUCUUCAUUUUAUAAUAAUUUUUAUUUAUCGAAUUUUUUUUUUGCCGUAUUUUUCAUUCUGUCAGGCACGUGCUCCACCGUACUAAAAUCGACAACUAUAUAGUUGUCCGACGUCCACUAUUGUUUAUUAAAUAGCCAGUAACCAAUAGUUGGUACUUGGUAGACAGUAGGCACCUGUGUUGGACGUUUGGUGUUCGGAAGUUUUUAAUUUAAUAAACUCACAACUGCUACUCGUACAUCAGCGCUUCAACCAUCAAGUACUUAUUCAAAGUUGGUGCGAAAGAUUGAUAAGAGAUGAAAAAUAUUUCAGUAAAUCAAGCUAUACACCUGUCUGAAAAGACCUCUGACAAAAAAAAAGGCCCAAGAAAAUGUCUUCAAACUUUACAACCCGGAGCAGAUUUUAUAAAAAACAAAGAAAACCUUGUAGGAUCCGGCAGAUCUCAAGAGAAAUUAAAAGAUUUAAAAAAAGCAAAGCCUUUGAAAAAAUUGGAAUUAGAAAUAAGUUUAAAUGAUAUGAAAUCUAAAGAAAAUGAAAUGUCUUUGUCCAAGACAAAUCCAAAUCUUUACAAAAAGCUAGUUUUUGAAGAUCUUGUUUCCACUGUUGGACCUAGUGAAAAAUAUUGGGAGGUAAUUGCAGAACGUCGUAGAAAAGCAUUGCAAAAUGCAUUAAAAGAAAAUCAAAGGUUAAAAGCUACAGUAAUGGCUUUGUCUGGUGAAAAUGUAUCGUGUAAAAGGUUACUUGAAGAAACGACUGAUCUUGUGAACACAUUAAAGGAAAUACUUGAAGAUGAAAGUACUGAAGAAAAGUCUGAUUGAUGACCCAGUGAAUCAAGAGUAAUGUAACAGUAUUAUAUAAAAAAAACUUCCCAUUUUUCAUUUAAAAAGAAUCAUUAUUUAAAAAAUUAGAUCAUUCGGAUACAUUUUUUGUUCCUACUAGACUUUUGUUUCAAUUUUAUAAAAUUAUUGAAAUAAUUUUUAUUUAAGUUUGAGUCUCCAACUUUGUGGAUUUUGAAUUCUUCAAUAUUGAAAUUUUUGUUUGUUUAAUUAUUAAUUUUGAUACCCAAAAUGGGCUAUAUAAACAUUGUAAUUUUAUUUUUAGUGAUUUAUAACUUGGAGCAAUAAUUGAUCAAAAACUAAUAAAGGUUAUGCAUAUUGAUUUAUAGUA